AUGAGUAAUUUAACGCCCAUGGCAGCUCUGAACGAGCUAAUGAUGCAAAAGAAAGCACCUAUGCCCCUUUACGAACUUAUUGAAGAUGGAAUACCUUUGCCAGGAUAUAAGUAUUUCGUAAAAGCUGCCAAUAUAAUAGCAGUAGGAACUGGGCGAAAUAAAAAGGAAGCCAAGCAUAAUGGAGCAGCUAUCGUCCUCAAGCUGCUUGCUUUGAAAGGUGUCGAACACAGACAACGCGGCGGGGAUUUAGAAGGUCGUAACAUUCGUAAGCUAGAAAGCAGCGUUGGGGCCCUGACGGCUUAUCUUCGGCUGCACGACAUUCCGCAAGCCACGUACGACAUAAGCGUUAGUGGGCCUGCUCACGACCCCAUUUUUACCGUAAGGUGUAGCGCUUUUAAGUAUCAUAGCGUAGCCUUCAGCGCACAGAAAAAACGAGCAAAGCAGCAGGCCUCUGCAGAUCUAUUAGAGCGGGGCUAUUGGUCAGGACUUUGUCAUUUUAACGAGAAAGAUUUGAACAGUAGUGACUUUAGUUUUCAAUUGAAAAUUCAGGUAGCAAUAUGUUCAGGUAGCAAGAGAAAAUAUACUUUAAGCAGCAUUCAAAAAAGUGUUGUCCUCGGUGCUUCCAGACACAACAACACCAACAAUAGGGCAGCUUAA